GGUAACUGUCAGUCGAUUAUCAAAAUUGCAAAAUCGUCUCUCUCUUUUUGAUCCGCCAUUGUGUCAGAGUUGUUGCUCGACGAUUUGCUCUACAAUAAAAACUAUCAACAAUGGAAAACGACGCCGGAGAAUUUGUUGAUUUGUACUGCCCAAGGAAAUGCUCGUCCAGCAACCGAAUCAUUCACGCAAAGGAUCAUGCCUCCAUUCAGAUCAACGUUGUUGAUGUGAACCCACGAACCGGCCGUAUGGCGGAAACCUCGAAGGUUUACGCUAUCUGUGGUGAAAUCCGUCGAAUGGGAGAAUCGGACGAUUGCGUCGUUCGCCUCGGCAAGAAAGACGAUGUGGUGGCCAAGACCUACUAAACUACUGUUUUAAGCUAAGAGGUAUCAAAUAAAAACAACUCCAACCUA